UUACGCUGAAAUUCACCCGACAAACAACGCUGAAACGGCUGACUAUGAUGGAGGCUUUCAUUUUCUUUCCCUUGAUUCUCCUAGCUGGGUUGUCAGUGUCUUCAACCCAGAUUUCACAACCCAGUUUUUACAAAGUAGAAGAAAAUAAAGAACCUAUACUUAUUCUAGAGACAAAAACUGAAGCUAAUUAUCCGGGAAAACUAAGGGAAUCUAUUCAGCAAGGAGGUAGUCGCCCUCAAGAAAAACCAAAGAUGGUUAGUCUUCACAGACAACCAGGAUCACGUGACCAGCCAGGGAAACUGGGUAAUUUUCAUCAGCAGGGGAGGCCAGAAGGUUUGAGCCAGCCCGGUUUGCCUGGAUCUUGGUUUUUGCAAGGAAAUUCAGAAGAAUCAAACCUGAAAUGGAGUCCAGAAACUUCUAAUAAACAAGAGAAAUUAGGAUCUUCCAGUCAACUAGAGAAGCUAGAGUCUACUAACCAGCAAGCGAAGCCAGGGUCAUCUAACCAGCAAGGAAAGCCAGGGUCAUCUAUCCAGCAAGGAAAGCCAGGGUCUUCUAACCAGCAAGGGAAGCCAGGAUCAUCUAGCCACCAUGGCAAGCCAGGGUCUUCAGGCCAGCAAGGAAAACCAGGAUCAUCUAACCAGCAAGGGAAACCAGGGUCUUCUAACCAGCAAGGGAAUCAAGGCAAGGAAAACCAGGAUCAUCUAACCAGCAAGGGAAACCAGGGUCUUCUAACCAGCAAGGGAAUCAAGGGUCUUCUAGCCUUCAGGGGAAGCCGGGAUCAUCUAGCCAUCAAGGGAACCCAGGGUUAUCUAGCCAGCAAGGAAAUCUAG